UGCGGCGUAACUGGUACUGGUGCUGUUGGAAAGUUUGUAUCACUCUUACAUUUUGGCGAAGAUAUCACUCGAUAAUGUCACAUCCCGCAGUAGACGGACUGUUUCGGACAUUUUGCUGGUAACAGGGAGAAGGAGCAGAGCGGACAUGGCCGUUGCAGUCGCUCAUCAUCACCGUGCUGCCGCCCGGUACCGUGGGUCUGGGGUCAGUUUGAACCGAAACUAAAUGGAGUUUCUGCCGUCGGACACUGCGUACUGGCUCAACCGCCACCAAUAACAACUCUUUAAGAGAGACUGUAUACCAUGAUGCUCCCACUUUAACGAGAAUACAAUUCUCAUACCUGGAUUGGAUUUAUCGGUCAACGCCAUCACCAUGUCUGACCAAAACUACUAUUGGACCGUGUUGCCGAGCUACAAAACUAGUUUUGUGACUGGGGCCAUGAUGAAAAGAUCAAAAAGUUCCCGUAACAACAAGAGAAGGAGUUUGGCAGUCGGGACCCCGUCGCCCACGCUCUCGCGACCUCUUUCGCCCCUCCCGCUUGCCACAGCUGGCAGCAGCCCUUCAGAAAGCCCCAGAAAUGUCUCUGCAAGCACUUCUGCCAACUUCCAGUUUGCACGCAGAGCGGACGGGCGAAGGUGGUCUGUGGCGUCCGUUCCCUCGUCUGGAUACUGCACCAGUGCACCCAGUUCAUCGGUAUCUUCCUCUUCUUCCCAGGAGUUAUUGCACCAGUUGCCCUUCCAGCCCACGCAAGAUGAUCUCCACUUCCUGUUCAAACAUUUCCGGAGCACAGAGAGCGUGGCGGACGAAGAAGGAGCACACGCCUCUCCCCCUGUCAGGCUCCGCUCACGCAGUCUCAGCCCUGGACGGACCUGUGGAACAUUUGACAAUGAAAUUGUCAUGAUGAAUCAUGUCUACAAAGAACGCUUUCCUAAGGCGACAGCCCAAAUGGAGGGUCGGCUGCUGGACGUCAUCGCCGAGUGUUCCCCAGACACUGCUUUGCCCCUGGCUGAUGGCGUGCUGGGCUUCAUCCAGCACCAGCUGGUGGAGCUCGCCAGAGACUGUCUGGACAAGUCCCAGAAAGGCCUGGUCACCUCCAGGUACUUUGUGGAGCUGCAGGAGAAACUGGAGAAGCUGCUGCACGAGGCGUACGAGCGUUCGGAGAGCGAGGACGUAACCAUCAUUACCAAACUGGUCAAGAAGAUUCUCAUCAUCAUCUCCCGGCCUGCCAGGCUCCUGGAGUGUCUGGAGUUUGAUCCGGAGGAGUUUUACCAACGUUUGGAGGUUGCCGAGGGCCAAGCCAAGGUGGGCCAGGGCAUCAAGACCGAUAUUCCCAGAUACAUCAUCAGCCAGCUCGGCCUCACCAGGGAUCCCUUGGAAGAGAUGGUCCACCUGGAGCAGACGAGUCCGAGUCACAGAGCCGCCAGCAGAGAGUCUGAUGAGACGGGAGAGGCCACACCUGUACAGAGCCGAGCAGCCUGCACCCCUCCUCGCAGGAAACCACUGGAGAGCGACUUUGAGACUAUCAAGCUCAUUAGUAAUGGCGCCUAUGGGACUGUAUUCCUGGUGCGCCACAAGGAGACCCGUCAACGUUUUGCCAUGAAGAAGAUCAACCGGCAGAACCUGAUGCUUAGGAACCAAAUCCAGCAGGUGUUUGUGGAGCGAGACAUCCUCACCUUUGCCGAAAACCCAUUUGUGGUUUCGAUGUUCUGCUCUUUUGAGACGCGCAGGCACCUCUGCAUGGUCAUGGAGUAUGUGGAAGGUGGGGAUUGUGCCAACCUACUGAAGAACAUUGGCCCCCUGCCUGUGGACAUGGCUCGGAUGUAUUUUGCAGAGACUGUCCUGGCUUUGGAGUACCUUCAUAACUAUGGCAUUGUACACAGAGACCUCAAACCUGACAAUUUGUUAAUAACCUCCAUGGGACACAUUAAGCUGACAGACUUUGGGCUGUCAAAGAUCGGUCUGAUGAACAUGACCACCAACUUGUAUGAAGGACAUAUUGAAAAGGAUACCAGAGAGUUCAUCGACAAACAGGUGUGUGGUACUCCCGAGUACAUUGCUCCAGAGGUUAUCCUGAGGCAGGGCUAUGGGAAGCCAGUAGACUGGUGGGCUAUGGGAAUCAUCCUCUAUGAGUUCUUAGUGGGCUGUGUGCCUUUCUUUGGAGACACACCAGAACAGCUCUUUGGUCAGGUGGUCAACGAUGACAUCAUCUGGCCAGAAGGGGAGGACGCACUGCCAGCUGAUGCCCAGGACCUUAUCACCAGGCUGCUGAGACAGAGCCCUCUGGAGCGCCUGGGAACAGGUGGAACCACGGAGGUGAAAAUGCACAUGUUCUUCCUGGGUCUGGACUGGAACGGCCUCCUGAGACAGAAAGCUGAAUUCAUACCUCAACUAGAGACUGAGGAUGACACCAGUUACUUUGACACCCGAUCUGAACGCUACUGUCACCUGGACUCAGAUGACGAUGAUGAAACCAACGAUGAUGAAUCCUCUCUGGAGCUCCGACAGUUCUCCUCUGUGGCCCACCGCUUCAGCAAGGUGUACAGCAGCACAGAGCACCUGUCCACCUCCACGCCGUCCAACCAGAGCCUGUCGUCGUCGGAGCGGAGCCACAGCGAGGAGAAGGAGGAGCGAUGGGAGGGCAGGGGAGUCCUCUCCCCUGGCGAUGGACACAAACACUUGGCUAGUGCUGACAGGAGGGCAGAUGGACACAGGGGGAGUCUGCGUCCCCGCGCUUCGUCCAGCUCGUCCCAGUCAGAGCGCAGCACCAGCCCACUGGUGAUGAACAGCACCCAGAGCCUGGACUUCAUGCCUCGCUUCGCCAUCUCUGCCGAGGAGGAAGACGGAAUGGUGUCCAACCUGCGCCGCAUUCGGCUCCGGAGCAACAGCACAGGCACCCGGCCGUCCUUCCGAAGAGGGGCGUCCCGGCGCAUAGCCCACCAGCUGGAGACCCCGGAGAAACCCAGAUCCCCAGCUGGAAAGGUCCCCAAGUCUGCCUCUGUCUCUGGCCUGUCCCUCAUCAUCACCCCAGACGACUCAGCGGGUCCUCCUACGAGCCCCAAAUCCUCCUUGUCCCUGUCGUCCAACCCCUCGUCCAGAGACUCGUCCCCCAGCAGGGACCUCUCUGUCAGCGUCAGCUGCCUCAGGCCUCCCGUGGUCAUCCACAGCUCCGGGAAGAGGUUUGGCUUUGCGUUGCGAGCAAUCCGAGUCUACAUGGGAGACACCGACGUCUACACUGUUCACCACAUGGUCUGGUGUGUUGAGGAAGGCAGUCCAGCCCACGAGGCAGGAUUAAGGGCUGGUGACCUCAUCACUCACGUCAACGGGGAGUCGGUCCAGGGACUCGUCCACACUGAGGUGGUGGAGCUCCUGCUCAAGAGUGGUAACCGGGUGACCCUGCAGACUACUGCACUGGAGAACACUUCCAUCAAGGUGGGCCCUGCCAGAAAAGCGAGCUACAAGGCCAAGAUGGCCCGGCGCAGCAAGAAGAGCAAGAGGAAGGACGGACAAGACAGCCGCCGUCGUAGCAUCCUGAAGAAGCUGUCUAAGCACACGCCUCCUCCGCCCAUGCAGAGCAGUCGUAGCUUCUCUUCGGGUUUCCACCAGUCAUCCAGCGACAGCCUCUCCGGCUCCCCCACGCAGAGUCUCUCUCCUGGGCCGUCUACGCCUUGUCGCUCUCCUGCUCCUGAUCACUCCGGAGAUUCAAGUUCUUCUCCUUGCUCCAGCUCCCCUAACUCGCCUGUACCACAGGCCCGUCCCAGUUCCCUACACGUCUUGGGCCGCUACACCAAAGCUGGCCGCUGCAAGUCCACGAGCAGUAUUCCUCCUUCGCCGCUGGCCUGCAUCCCACCUCCUCAGCCCCUCUCUCCCCAGUGCUCUCCGUCCUGCCUCCCGUGUCACCCCAAGUCCCUACAGGGUUUCCACGGCAAGACGUUGUCCCCUCCCACCAUCACCCGCCAUUCGGUGCGUCCCCGCAGCGCGGAACCGCCACGCUCGCCGCUCCUCAAGAGGGUCCAGUCAGCAGAGAAGCUGACAGGAGACAAGAUGACGGGGGGCUACCACGGCGACAGGAAGGCCUACAGCACCCGCCGCCACACCAUGGAGGUGCCGCUGUCAGAAGGGGAGGGGCUGGAGGACUUGGAGGGGGACACCGCAACCGGGUUCGUCUGCGUGGGUGAGCACGGCCGUCAGGGUCUGUACAUAGGAGGGCAGAGGGGCCACCAGGACGCAGCCGGCGGGGGCAGCGAGCACUACCGCGCCACCGCCUCGCCGCAACACCGCGGCAGCAGCCACCACUCCAGCGAGGUGGUGGUGAUGAGGAAGCUGGCGCUGUCGGACCGGAGGGACUCCUUCAAGAAACAGGAGGCCGUGCAGGAAGUGAGUUUCGACGAUUUGGAGGAGAGAGAGGCGACGCCGAGCCCGACGCCUCCCGUCACGCAGCCCAAGGCGUUCAAGGCAUCCUGGAUCAACUCGGCCCAGUCAGAAUCGGCCGUGAAGCCGGAAGGAAGAGGAUCACAGGGUACGACAACGCCGCCGAAAGCCAAGUCAAAAGACAAAGAGAGGUUUUAGUUCAGUCACUUUGCCAGGGAUGACCGGUCAAUAAAGAGACGAGAGGAAAUGAAGUGAAGCGUUUGACCUGCUACUGUACCUACAUUUGAAGGCCUUGCAUGCGUGUCCGGAAAACUGUGACCAAGUCCCAAAUCACCGUAGGGAACUGCUUGAAGACUGAAGAACAAGUUAAC